CAAAAUCAUGGCGGUUAAGAAACAUAAUUGAGAUCAGUACUGAAAAAAAAGCUGCAUAGACGUGUAAAUUGAAGUUUGUCAUGGAUCGUUUCAGCUGGACUUCUUCCUCAAAUUUAUGUGUUUUACCAGGCGAAUCCGGUGUUCACCAGCAGUCUGGGAUCAGAAUGUAUGAUGGAGACAAAAAGACAACGUUUGAAAAUGGUACUCUAAAGCUCACAACACACAGAAUAGUCUGGGAUGAUUUGGAUCAACAGGACAGAGCCAUAUCAGUGUCAUUGUCCCUAGUAAGUAAAGUGGAAGAACAAUCAGGUGGCUUCAUGAGCAGUGCAAAAGUGAUUGUAAACUUCCACCCACCUCCAGCAAACAAAGAACCUGGUCCAUGUGUCUCCAGUCCGUAUGCUUGUGUCAAGUUUUCUUUUAAACAAGGAGGACAUUCAGAGUUUUUUGCUCGGUUGGUUGAGCAGAUUAACAAGAAAUCAUGGGUGCAACAACAUACCCAGUCAACCUCCAGUGGCACAGCAGGAAAGCAACUGGGUCAGCCCAGAGGAAUUGGAGGAAUAGUAGGAAUUGAGAGAAAACUAGAACAGAAAUCUAAAGAGACUGAUGACUAUAUUCAAAAGGCAUUUAAAGAUUUAGAUGCUCUUAUGGAGAAGGCAAAAGAAAUGGUCGCCAUCGCUGAUAAAGUGGCCUCCAAGCUGGAGGAGAAAAAAGGUUCAAUUACUGAGGAUGAGACAGUUACAUUCAAGUCAUACCUUCUAAGUAUGGGAAUAGCUAAUCCUGUGACAAGGGAGACACACGGAUCGGGCGCGAGUUACCAUAAAGAACUAGCUAAAGAACUGGGGACAUUCUUACAAAAGAUCAUCAUGGAUGAGGGAGGCAUGAUGACCUUGACUGAUGUGUACUGUAGGUUCAACAGGGCCAGAGGAAUGGAGCUGGUCUCUCCUGACGAUCUAGUAAAUGCGGCCAAAAUGUUUUCAUCUGUGAAUAUGCCACUAAAAUUACGAGCUUUUGACAGUGGGGUCUUGGUUAUUCAAUCCUUGUCUCACAGUGACGAAGAGGUAAUACGGACAACUAAGCAAAUUCUUGAUGAAAAGUCGUCAUUAACAGCAGAAGAACUGGCUCACCUGGCCAAAGUCUCUGUCAUGUUGGCUAAAGAACGGCUCCUGGUCACAGAACAAGCUGGCAAAGCAUGCCGGGAUGACAGCGUCGAAGGUCUCCGAUUCUAUCCCAAUUUGUUCCUUGAAAGAACUGAGUGAAGACCACCGUAAGAUCGUGGGAGUUUAUUAAACUAAGACUAAAGCUUUUCUGUAAAGGUUUCAUGAGUGUAGGCAGUUGGCUUAGACCUGAAAUGUUUGUCAUCAUCAAAGUCCUGGGAUCUGCGGCGAGGGAAGGGGGAGGGAGACGCCAAACUUUUCGGACUAGUUCAUACCUGUAGUGUUUUCCUUCAGCUGCAGUAAAAACGGCAUUAUCAGUUUUGCCAUACGUGCUACAGCCAGCGUCUUGACAAGGCCCAAGAACACCAGGCUAGGACACAGAAGCCGCUAACGCCCUGUGUUUCCAAUGCGGACGAAGGCGCUACAGUUAAGCAAUGUAUAAUAAAUUUGUUCUUGUACGAGGACCACUUGUUUGUCAGUCCCUUGGAAAACAUACGACAAAAGCCUCUCAGCACUCAAGGAAAAGCGAGACAAAUAACUAAAGUCAUGAGAAUGGGACAACUAUUCACGCCUGAAGGGAGGCGCAAAAGAAUAUCCUUUUUAAUUAAAAAAUUCUCAUAAUAAAUGUGCAAAAAGUUCUUCAAUAAAAGUGAUAAUUCG